AUGCCUCGCUUAAGACUAACAUCGCUAUUGGACCUAGUCACUACACCUGUAACAAAUUCAUUACCUAAAACUGACUUUUGGACGUAUAAUGACGAAAUUGCCCCCUUUUCCGUAUCUACCUCUCCUAUCGUACCGUUGUCGCUCGGUCACGUACCGUUGGGUUCGACCAUUCGACCCUCCGCCGCAUCCAUCACAUCGUUUGGUUCCUUGCGAUUAGGAAUGAAGCGCGAACACACUGACGACGACCGUUACGGAAGUUCACGUAAUUCCAAACGGCAGAGAGCCGACGGUUUCUCCGAAGCAUUGGCUCAGGGUAAAUUCGAACUACGUAUCCUUGUGAGCAGUAAAUGUGCUGGAGCAAUCAUCGGCAAAGGUGGUGAAAAUAUCAAACGUCUACGCAACCAGUUCGAAGGCCAGAUCUCAGUUCCCGAUUCCAACUCUCCCGAACGGGUACUGACGCUGGUAUGUCCACCAUCGGUGAUCGUUCGUAUUGUUGAGGACAUCUUGCCACGCAUUGAAGAUACACAAAAUGAAAAGGACAAGUGCACUAUCCGUCUACUUGUACAUCAAUCGCACGCUGGCGCUCUGAUUGGGCGACAAGGUGGAAAAAUUAAAGAACUACGUGACAGAACAAACGCCAGAAUCAAGGUGUUCCAGCAGUGUUGCCCUCAGUCAACUGAUCGCAUUUGUAUGUUGUCUGGAGACGACCGUAAUGUCAUUGAUGCUGUAGAACAUAUCGUGGAAGAACUGAAACAAAUUCCUAUUAAGGGCCCUGUCAAUCCAUAUACCUCAUUUAACUAUGACCCUGCCAUGGCCCCAGACUAUGGCGGCUUCUCCCCUGCUUACCCUACCUCAGGACGUGGUGGACCCCCAAUCAGCCCAUUCUCAGGAGGUCCUCGACGUUCACUCGGAGCACCUCUGCCUCCAAUGCGCGGUGGAGGCGGACUUGGUGGCCCUGAUAUGCGCUACGACCGCGGAAUUGGCAGAGACUAUGACUCAGGACCUUAUGGUGGACCCAUGGGUGGCCCUCCUCAGUAUGGUGGUGGUGGAGGUCUCUAUGGUGGUUAUCCUGGACAGAACUCAAUCCAGACCACUCAGGUGACGAUCCCGUCGGACCUGGGUGGCACGAUAAUUGGACGCGGUGGCGAUCGCAUCAAUAGAAUCCGUGACGAGAGCGGAGCGCAGAUCCAGCUGGAACCCUCAUCAGGACAAGAGGAGCGCGUCAUCACCAUCACUGGCACGCAGACUCAGAUCCACGCUGCACAAUAUCUCCUACAGCAGUGCGUGCGCCAAUCCGCCGCAGGCCGCAAGUAUAUCGAACAGCAACAAGCUGGUCACCAUAGCCACCACCGCUAA